AUGGUGGACACAGAAAACCAAUUUUUCCCCCUAGAGGAUGAUCUCGGAAGCCCCUUAUCUAGAGAGUUCCUACAAGACAUGGAAAAUAUACAGGACAUCUCGUCUAUUGGUGAUGAUAGCCCUGGAGCAUUAAGUGUAACAGAGCUCCAGUCUUUGGGAAAUGGUCCAGGAUCUGAUGGAUCAGUCAUUACAGACACUCUUUCACCAGCAUCAAGUCCUUCAUCCAUUAAUUUUGCCACAAUUCCAGGUAGCAUAGAUGAAUCACCCAGUGGAGCAUUAAACAUUGAAUGUAGAAUUUGUGGGGACAAAGCUUCUGGCUUCCAUUAUGGAGUACAUGCUUGUGAAGGUUGUAAGGGAUUUUUUAGGAGAACAAUUCGACUUAAACUCAUCUAUGAUAAAUGUGAUCGUACCUGCAAAAUUCAGAAAAAAAAUCGUAAUAAGUGCCAAUACUGUCGUUUUCAAAAGUGCCUUUCAGUUGGAAUGUCACAUAAUGCAAUUCGUUUUGGACGAAUGCCAAGGUCUGAGAAGGCAAAGUUGAAAGCAGAAAUUCUAACAGGUGAACAAGAUGUGGAAGAUUCAGAAAUGGCAGAUCUUAAAUCUCUUGCCAAGAGAAUCUAUGAGGCCUAUCUGAAAAACUUCAAUAUGAACAAGGUCAAAGCUAGAGUCAUUCUCGCAGGGAAAACCAAUAACAAUCCACCAUUUGUUAUACAUGACAUGGAAACACUGUGUAUGGCAGAGAAGACGCUGGUGGCAAAACUGGUAGCCAAUGGAAUCCAGAACAAGGAAGCAGAAGUUCGAAUCUUCCAUUGUUGCCAGUGUACAUCUGUAGAGACUGUAACAGAACUUACUGAAUUUGCCAAAUCUAUUCCUGGCUUCUCAAAUCUUGAUUUGAAUGAUCAGGUGACUCUGUUAAAAUAUGGAGUUUAUGAAGCCAUUUUUGCCAUGCUAGCUUCUGUAAUGAACAAAGAUGGGAUGCUGGUAGCCUAUGGAAACGGCUUUAUAACUCGAGAGUUCCUGAAAAGCCUAAGAAAGCCAUUUUGUGAUAUUAUGGAGCCGAAGUUUGAUUUUGCAAUGAAAUUCAAUGCACUGGAGCUGGAUGAUAGUGACAUAUCGCUUUUUGUAGCUGCUAUCAUUUGCUGUGGAGAUCGUCCUGGUCUUGUAAAUGUAGAAUACAUUGAAAAGAUGCAGGAGGGCAUUGUGCAUGUACUAAAACUUCACUUGCAAAACAACCAUCCUGAUGACAUCUUCCUCUUCCCAAAACUCCUCCAGAAAAUGGCUGACCUCCGACAGCUUGUCACAGAGCAUGCUCAACUUGUUCAGAUAAUCAAAAAGACUGAAUCUGAUGCACUCUUGCAUCCUUUAUUACAAGAAAUCUACAGCGAUAUGUAUUAA